AAAAAAAAAAAAAAAAACAGAGCGAGAUACAUAAUUGCCCAAAAAAAAAAUUGAAAAGUGAAAGGACUUUUUGAAGAGACACAGAGAGAAUUACAGAGACUUCAUAGCACGUCUUCAUGGCUGACAUUUGCAGCAACGCGUCUAAUUCUAGGGCAAAUUUCCCUUGUUUAUUUUGAGGUAUUUGCUCACUGCUCCAAAACCCUAGGAGAGAGAAAGUGUUGCAAGAGAGGGACGUUUCCUAAUUGUCUCAGUGCUGUGCCCUAGCUCCCCAAUUUUGCAAUUCAGUUUCUGAAGCAAUGGGAGGGGAAAGGUUGUAACUGAGGUAGGAAUGCAUGGAUGUUGUUCAGGAUCUGGUCUCUUAGUAAAUGCUGAAGUUGAUUCCAUGGGAGGGGUUGUUGACGGCGGAGUUGGAAUUGGCAUCAAAACCUCUCCGCGCCGAGCAGCAAUUGAGAGAGCUCAGGCAGAGCUUAGACAGGAGUAUGAUGUUCGUGAGGAAAGGAGAAGGGAGCUAGAGUUUCUUGAGAAAGGUGGCAAUCCAUUAGACUUUAAAUUUGGGAGUGCAGCUUCUGUUAGUGUCCAGUCUACUUCUCUCACCGAUCACCACACUGAACAUUUUGUGACUAGUGAAGCUAAAGGUAGUUUCGCACUGACUGCAUCACCUCAUGGGGACUCUGUGGAAAGUAGCGGCAGACCAGGGGCUCACACAGUUUGUGAACCCAAUAGUGCUGAUAAUUUUGAUGGUGAGAAUGAGAUUCUUGAAGGCAAUAGGCAUACAAAACAUCCUAAUAGGAGAAGCAAUAUUAUUCCAUCCGAACAGUCUUCUCAGAUGGAUGGGACACAAAAUCCCAAGGAAUCAGAAGAUUCUGCUAUUGUUCGCCCAUAUGCUCGAAGGAACAGGUCCAGACCAAACCGUGAUGGUGCACGGUCAAGUUCAACUGAUGUAGUUCAAAGUUCUGGUGGUCAUGGAUCUCUCUUACAUGUUCAUCGAGUUUUGAAAGAUGUGAAGGGGUCAAUAUCUGAAACAAACAAUCAGAAAGACCAGAUUAUUCCUUCUGUUUCUUACACAAAAUGCACCACUUCAAAUGGUGAUGUGGCUUCUCAAAUUGAGAUGACAAAUGUCAAGUCAAACAUGGAGCUGGAUGGUGCUCUGGUUAUGGAAGCAAAAUCCAGUUCGCCUAAAGGUAGUUUGCCUGAAGAUAGGCUGGAUGCUACUGAGACUAACAUUUUAAAGGAUAACCAACGUGAUCAACUGUCAGAAGUUGAUGCUCAGAAAACACCGAUGGACAUGGCUUCUGGAGAAUGUGAUAAUGUUGGGGGAAAAGAAAAGGUAAUCUCAGCUGCUCCUGAAUAUCCACCUAAUGCAACUGCAGAUAAACCUAACAAUGAAAAUGAUUCUACCCAGUUAAAUGGAUUUGGUGACUUGAAAGGAGAUUGCAAUGAAGGUCAAAAUGCCAAUGGUACGAUAGGAACAAAAGGAUUAGAUUCAGAAUCCUCUUGCACACAAAACAGCCUAUGCUUGGAUGCAAAUAAUGAGAGUGAUGUGUGUAUUAAUGGCGAAAACAAUGAUAGUAAUGGAAUUCUUGUGAACCGAACAUCAGAAUCUGAAAGAAUGCAAACUUUAGUGGCUGGUGAGAUGGGAAAUGAAAAGAAUGAGACUGAAGCUACGGACAAGAGUGCUGUCAUAAAGGAAGAUAACAAUUUAAUGCUUCAAAACAACUCUGUCAAUGAUUCUUUCAAAAUUGAGGAGGAAAUUCAGAGUUGUUCUGAUUUGCAAAAAGAGUUGAAAUGUUCUAACUUUGAUGUACUGGAGCGGAGUGGCAAUGCUGCAUCCAAGACUGAUAAAAAAUUGUGUAAUGUGCUGGAUGAUGAUUCCAGUCCUAACAAAGAAAUUGUGUGCUCUGGUGGAUCUCGGGGCUCUGCUGAUCUCUCUGUUCCAGAGUCCCAUGAAUCAACCUUGUCAAAGAAAAACUCUUCUAUCACUCGUGAUCCUCAGUCUUGUUCUGAUAGUCCUUUGAUAAUGAUAGACAAGGCUCAUGAAGAUUCUAUCUUGGAAGAGGCACGGAUUAUAGAGGCCAAACGUAAGAGGAUUGCAGAGUUAUCUGUUGGAAUUGUUCCCUUGGAGAGUCGCCGAAAAUCUCACUGGGACUUUGUGCUCGAAGAAAUGACAUGGUUGGCAAAUGAUUUUGCACAGGAGCGUCUUUGGAAAAUGACUGCUGCUGCUCAAAUAUGCCGCCGGGUUGCUUUUACUUCUCGGUUGAGAGUUGAAGAACAGAAUCAACAUUGGAAGCUUAAAAAGGUUGCUUAUGCUCUUGCAAAGGCUGUCAUGCAGUUCUGGCAUUCAGCAGAGAUGCUUCUAAAUAAGGAGGAUCAAAGCAUUAGUUUGGAAAGCUGCAAACAUGAUCCAAGGAGGUCUGAAGGGAAUGACUUUUCAAAAGACAAGUUUGGAAAACUUGAUAAGGAGACUGGUCAAGAGUUAGAGAGACAAAAUUCUGGAAAGAAUAUUGCACGUCCAAUACAGGGAUAUGCUGUAAGAUUUUUAAAAUGUAACAGCUCUAUUGUUCCAUCUCUUCAAGCAGAAGCUCCAGCAACUCCUGAUAGAAUAGCUGAUUCAGGCAUUAUUGGAAUGUCGUGGGAAGAUCACCUUACAGAAGAAAGCCUAUUCUAUGCGGUUCCUUCAGGGGCAAUGGAAACCUACAGAAUGUCAAUUGAAUCUCAUUUGGUUCAGUGUGAGAAGACUGGCAGUAGCGUGCAAGAGGAAGUUGAUACUUCUAUAUAUGAUGCUGCAGCAGAGUUUGGAUAUCGUGAGAAUGCAUAUGAUGAGGAGGAAGGAGAAACAAGUACAUAUUAUUUGCAUGGAGUCUUUGAAAGUAGCAAGUCAGCGAAACAUGACCAGAAGAAAAGGAAAAAUUUGGUGAAGUCGCAUUCUGCAAGAUCAUAUGAAAUGGGACCUGAUUUGGCUUACGGGCAUUUCACACCUGGCUCUCAACAGAAUACAUCGAUGGGGAAAAGGCCUGCAAGUAAUCUUCAUGUUGGUUCAAUUCCAACAAAGCGCAUCCGCACUGCUGCUUCUAGGCAGAGGUUUACAAGUCCUUUUGGUGCUGGAGUUGCUGGGGUUCUACAUACUCCUGCAAGGACAGAUGCUUCGAGUGGAGAUACUAGUUCUUUUCAGGACGACCAGAGUACUUUGCAUGGUGGAUCCCAAAUUCAGAAGAGUGUGGAGGUUGAGUCAGGUGGGGAUUUUGAAAAGCAGUUACCAUAUGACUGUGCAGAGACAUCAAUAAAGCCUAAAAAGAAGAAGAAGGCUAAACAUAUGGAUUCUGCUUACGAGCCAAUUUGGCCUCUAGAUUCAAAUGUUCAUAAUGAACAGAGGGAUAAUUCCAAAAAGAGACUGGAGAAUCAUCAUUUUGACUCUAAUGGAACCAGUGGUUUAUUAUAUGGGCAACAUACUGCGAAGAAACCAAAGAUAAUGAAGCAAUCACUAGAUACUUUUGACAACAUGGCUCCAAUGAGUGGUUCUAUUCCUUCUCCUGCAGCUUCCCAAAUGAGUAAUAUGCCCAGCACAAAUAAAAUCAUGAAAUUGGUUGUUGGUCGAGACAGGGGCAGAAAACCUAAAUCGCUUAAGGUGCCUCCUGGGCAGACAGGAUCUGGAAGUCCAUGGUCACCUUUUGAAGAUCAGGCACUGGUGGUCCUGGUUCAUGAUAUGGGUCCUAAUUGGGAGCUUGUAAGUGAUGCCAUCAACAGCACCCUUCAAUUUAAGUGUAUAUUUCGCAACCCUAAAGAAUGUAAAGAGCGUCACAAAGGUUUAAUGGAUAAGGGUGCUGGUGAUGGGGCUGAUAGUGCUGAUGAUUCAGGAUCUUCUCAAUCUUAUCCAUCAACGUUGCCUGGCAUCCCGAAGGGCAGUGCCAGACAGUUAUUUCAACGAUUACAAGGUCCGAUGGAAGAGGAUACUCUCAAAUCUCAUUUUGAAAAGAUUAUUUUGAUCGGGAAAAAGUACCAUUUCCGGAGGUGUCAGAAUGAAUACCAGGAUCCUAAACAGAUAGUACCGGUUCACCAUUCUCACGUUACGGCUCUCGACCAAGUACCCACAAACCAAAAUGGAGGUGCUUUAACGCCCCUUGAUCUCUGUGAUACAAAUGCAUCUAGCCCAGAUGUUCCCAUUGCGUAUCAAACUUCACAUGGUAGUGGUUUACCCAUGCCAAAUCAAGGUUCUGUACCAUCAGUUCUUCCUACAUCUGGGGCGAAUUCCUCGCUGCAAGCAUCUCCUGGUGUUGUUCUAGGCAAUAACUUGUCCCCAUCUGGUCCACUAAAUGCUCCUAUCAGGGAUGGUAGAUAUGCUGUUCCAAGAACAUCUUUACCAGUUGAUGAGCAGCAGAGAAUACAACAUUAUAAUCAAAUGUUGUCUAACAGAAAUUUGCAGCAAUCUAACUUGCCUGUUUCCGGAGCUGAUCGAGGUGUCCGCGUUCUUCCUGGUGGAAAUCCUGCAGGCAUGAUUCCUGGGAUGAACAGAAGCAUGUCAGUGCCAAGGCCAGGCUUUCAGGGAAUGGCCUCAUCAUCGAUGAUGAAUUCUGGUAGUAUGCUUUCCUCUGGUAUGGUUGGGAUGCCAAGCCCUGUAACUAUGCCGUCUGGAAGUGGCUCCGGUCAAGGGAACUCAAUGAUGAGGUCUCGUGAGGGAUUGCACAUCAUGCGGAGUGGCCAUAACUCAGAGCAUCAAAGACAGAUGACAGUACCAGAUCUACAAAUGCAGGUCACACAAGGAAGCAGCCAAGGAAUUCCUGCUUUUAAUGGAUUGAGUUCUGCUUUUGCCAAUCAAACAACUCCUCCAGCUGUGCAGACAUAUACCGCUCAUCCCCAACAGCAACAUCAAAUGCCUCCACAGCAAUCCCAUUUGAUGAGUAAUCCUCAUCAUCCUCAUCUUCAGGGCUCCAAUCAUGCUACAGGGUCACAGCAGCAAGCAUAUGCAAUUCGUUUGGCUAAAGAAAGGCAGCAGCGGCUUCUGCAGCAGCAGCAACAGCAACAGCAACAGCAGUUUGCUGCAUCUGGUGCCUUAAUGCCACAUGUUCAACCUCAGCCCCAACUACCCAUAUCGUCGUCUAUGCAAAAUAGUUCCCAGAUUCAGCCACAAACUUCAUCACAGCCAGUAUCACUUUCCCCAUUAACAGCAACUUCGCCAAUGACUCCCAUGUCGGUGCAGCAGCAACAGAAACAUGCAUUGCCCCAUCAUGGAAUCAACCGAAAUUCUCAACCUGUUGGCAGUGGGUUGACUAAUCAGAUGGGGAAGCAAAGACUGCGGCAGCAACAGCAGCAUCAGCAGUUUCAACAAUCUGGCCGGGUUCAUCCUCAGCAGCGGCAACAUUCACACUCCCCGCAGCAAUCUAAACUUUUGAAGGGAAUGGGAAGAGGGAAUAUGGUGGUGCAUCAGAACCUUUCUGCUGAUCAUUCUCAUAUGAAUGGCCUUUCUGUGCCUCCAGGAAACCAAAGUGCAGAGAAAGGAGAACACAUCAUGCACUUGAUGCCAGGUCAAGGCUUAUAUUCUGGUACUGGCUUGAGUUCAAUACAACCAUCCAAACCAUUGGUUACUCAAUCCGCAAGCCACUCUCAGCCACAGAAGAAGUUAUUUUCUGCCUCAGCACCACCGUCAUCAAAGCAAAUGCAGCAGAUGCCUUCUCAUUCUGAUAAUAAUACUCCUCAAGGUCAGGCCCUCUCAGUACCUUCUGGUCAUGCACCAUCUACAGUUAAUCAAACUCUUCCAAAGGCAGUUAUUCCUUCAAACCAUCAGCAUCUGCAGCCACAACCACAGCCACAAAUGCAUCAGAAACAGGCUGGCCAAGCUCAACCAACUGUUCAGAGAAUGCUUCAACAGAAUCAUCAGUUGAAUACUGAUCUGCCAAGCAAGUCUCAAACUGAUCACUGCCAUAUAGAACAGCAGCCUAUGAGCAAUGUUUCCCAGAUCAAUACAAGUACAUCUACAUCAGUGUCUCAAGCAUGUAAUGAUUCAGCUAAUGUGGUACCCGCUGCCUCUGUUGCUUCACAAUGGAAACCAUCAGAACCCUUGUGUGAUUCUGUGAUGCCAAAUCAAGCCUCCCAAGUGGGUUCUAUUGGGAGCCCACCUCUAACUAAAUCAGCUGGAAGUGAGCCUGUGGCAUCUGUCCACCAAGGUUUAGGGCAGAGGCAGUUAUCAGGAGGCUUGUCCCAACAUGGGAGCCUAGGAACACAGUGGCAACAGCAAUCACAACUAUCACAAUCAACACUGCCACAAUCACCACCACCACCACCACCACCAUCCUCUUCUAAACAACUAUUCCAGACACAAGAGCAGCAGUCACAACAAGAACAGCAGUCACCACGGCAACAGCUGCCCCUGCAGCAGCAUUCGCAGCAACAAACGCAGCAUCUUCAAUCAGCACAAGGCAGUUUGUAUAUCAGGCCUACUAAUCCUCAGUUGGAAUGAAGCAAUCGAACUGAUUGAACGGUUCCAGAAGCAGUCGGCGCUGCUAAGCCUUGGUUUGCAUGCCCUUUUAGCAGCGAUGUACAGAUGAGGCUGAUAACUCCACAAGGGCAGUGCAACAUGCGAAGGGGGUGAUGAUUGCUAUUUGCAGGUUUUGUUAUUUACUAAAGGGUUGUCUACGGGCCAAAUUCUUUUCCUUUUUUCUUCUUUCUUUUCCUUUUUAAAUUAAAAAUUGGGGGAAAUCAUGUAAAUUACCACUUGUCUAGGGCUUUUGGAAGAUGGAGACAGAUAUAGGUAUGUGUACAGGGUCUCAUCUCUCCAGUUCUUGUACUUAUCACCACCUUUGGCCUGGUUUCCCUGCUCAUGUGCAGAGGGGCCUAUUUCUUUUUUUGUGCCCCAGUAGAUUAGUGCAUGUAUUUCUUACACUUGCAGAUGAUGUUGGUAGUUAUCUCAUUGUUAAUGGGAAAAAAAAAAAAAAAAAGCCUUCGGAAAUUUUGUGAAUGAAAAUCUCUGCUCUAAAAUUUAACUGA